AUAUAAUGUAUAUGUAUGGAAUAAGUAAUAAGGACUGGUUGAGGAUAAGACAAAACCUAGAUUCAAAGUGUAGAACUGCUUUUCGUAGGAAACUUAAAGGAAUGCCUCUGACUACCAAAGGUUGUCGUUCCAGAUUGGCUAAUAAUUCUGUGGAGAAUACUUCUCUUGGUAUGACUUUAAAUAACACAGAGAGUUCUUCUUCUGACAUUGGUCUUUCAGGGGACCAGCACGGUGUAGCUUCAAAACCAACAUCGGAGGAAUUACAGUACAUGGAUCAAGAUAUCCAACAAAUUCUUCCUAUAAAAUUGGAGGCCAGUGGAUGUGCUGUCACAUUUUCAGAUAGCCACACUCAAAUUAUUCACACAGAACAUGGUGAUAUUCAAGUCAUACAAGCCACCGAGGAACAACUAGAGCAACUAAAACAUAGUCAUCAUAUUGAGAUUCUUUCUCACGCGGAUGUGUUACCUGAACAAGUCUUAGAGAGUGCCAAUUAAGUAUUAAUACUUAGAAUCAACGUAAAUAAUUUUAAUUUAUUCUUAUUAAAAAUCUGUGAUUAAGAGAAUUCCCUUUUUUUUAUAUAUAUUUAAUAGUAGUAACCAUAUUAAUAUUAUAAUAAAAUCAACUGUGGAAUUUGUGUUAGUGUUGUGGAUUCUAUUCUAGCUAUAUGAAUUUUUUAUGUUUUUUGAGCAUGAUUAAACACAAUCAUAACUCCCACUUAUCUGUAGUUUUUUACAUAGGAAAUUUGUUUUUAAUAUGAAAUUAUCCAUAAUUUAACCUUUUCAAGAGUUUUAAUUUUGCACAAUAUUUGCAAAUAUAACAUAUU